AUGACAGGCCCGGCGCCAAGGAUACACCUGAGCCGCGCCAGCACCAGUGUUUCCGAUGACCAGGCCGACAGGGGCGGUGAGGGGGCUACAGAGGCGGGACUCUGGGCCAGCCUCACCUCAGAUCACCUGUUCGACCUCCGGAACCACUUCUUACAGGCGGGGGGGUGGGUGGCCGGGGGGAGCGAGGACGCCGCCCACAGCCACCUCCUCACGCGUCAGCAGUUUGUGGAAGUGGUCACCUCCCUCUUCGGGCACGACCAGUACGAGGGGGUGUGCGGCACGAUCUUCGACAACGUGGUGGCCACCUACAGCCCGUCCCUGCCCAGCCUUGGUUCCAGCGGGUCCAGCAUCCACACGCCCAACAUAAGCAGCAGCAGCAGCAACUUGAGCAGUAGCAGCAGCGGCAGCAGCGUCGGCAUCAAGGGCGGCGCCCCUGGCAUCAGCUGGGCAGGUCUGGUGUCUUACUUGGCGGCGGGUGUGGGCGCCGAAACGCAGAAGGCCGCCCCGAUCCCGCCUUUCCAGCCCACGCCCCGCUACCGCCUGCUCCUGCACAACAAGCGGGAGGGCGUGGCCGGCGCGCUAGUGUGUGGGCGUCGCCGGCUGCUGCUGGUGGGCACGAGAGGCUCCCUCACCAAGGUGCUUCCCAGCCGCUGGCGUCAGCAGCAGCACGCCCGCCUGCUCCUCGACGCUGAUCCCGACGAGGAGCAGCACAGACACCAGGCCCAGCACAAGGUGGGACUCGGCACCUGGGUGGUGGGCGUGGCGCUCUUGGAGGAUAAUGUGGCCGUGGUGGCGGCCUCUUCGUCCACGCUGCACCUGGUGGACACCUCGACCACCCCUCAGGAGAUGCUGAGAAUCACCAACCUGCCGGCGCUCCCCUCCUGCGUGGCCGCUGGGUGAGUGGGCUUAAAAACGUUCAGAAUUGAGCUGAACAGCGUGUGUUCCUGCCAGCCAUGGCCACGUUUGGUGGUGUUCAUCUCCACAAAUCACCAAAAUGAAACUUAAAGUGUUGAAAAUUAAAUAAAUAAAAAAAAUCAUGAAAUUACUGUUGAAUUUCUCACACACUCUGGCCAAAUCAGUAUAUAAGAAGCAUGACUGAUGAAGGGAUAGAGUGCA